AUGGCGGACCAAACGAUAAGCCUCGUCGACCACACGUCCAACGGCGACAACACGCCUACUACGGCUACACAACCUGAACAGCCAUCGACCUCAUCAGACUCGCACAUCGAUAUCCUUUAUGAGAACCAGCGCGGUUGGUUCAUAUUCGGCAUACCGCUAUUCUCGAACAAGGCGCUGUGGAACCUACGAAUCGACCCUGCGCCCUGGCAGGAUGCCAAGUUCAGGCCAUCCGCCGUCAAUAUCACAAAUGCACAAGUUCCAGAUCCAAGUUGGGUAUGGGACUGGAAGAGCUGGUAUGUCGACAUGAGUCUGGAUGUCGAUGAAGAGGGUUGGCAGUACAGUCUGCUGUUCAAAGGCUCAGCCUGGCACGGCAACCACCCUUGGUUCCACAGCUUCGUUCGGCGGCGACGCUGGCUACGGAGACGGGUGAAGCAGAGACUACCACCCAAGACCAAGGAGAACGCAAAGGAGCGCAUGUUUGGCGAAACCUUCAGCAUCGGCACUACAUUGGUCAGGUCGACGACCUUCGGUACCAACAGCGGCUUGCUAGACAGUGCCCAGACAAGUCUGGACGAGGAAAUCAGGGAUAUUGCCACACUCAUGAGGAAAUUGAAGAAAGCUGCAAUCGACCGAGAGAAGAUAAUCUACAUACACAAAUUCAUCGACGAUGGGGGCGAGGAACUGCACUACCUUGCAGGACAGAUACCGUCCAUCAUGUCGAUGCUUAUCUUCCAGAAUUCCCGUCGCCAACUCCUCUCCACACUUAUGGACCGCUUCGAAGCCGCCAAAGACCACCGUGAACAACACAAGAAAGACUCGAAGCCGGAAGGGGAAGCCGAAGAACGCAGGAUCAAUAACCUACUCAAGGCCAUCGAGGCAGCUGAUAACGAGUGCAAGAAGCUCGAGUACUGGAGCGACAUCAAGAAUCUUACCGAGGAAGGCAAAGCGGGUAAUGCGACAGAUCCUAGUAUGGGAUGGGAUGAGGAGAAGUGGCAGGGUCUUGAUGCUAGCGGCGCCAAGCAUCCCGAGACUUGA